AUGUCCUCGUCGCCCCUCGUCCUCAUCACGGGAGUCACGGGCUUCCUGGCGGCCCACGUCCUCGACUCGGUCCUCGCCUCGCCGCACAACUACCGCGUGCGCGGAACGCUGCGCUCCCUCUCGAAGCGCGACGCCCUCCUCGCCCGCCUCGCGCCAAAGGACCGCGACCGCAUCGAGCUCGUAGAGGUCGCCGACACGGCCACGUCCGACCUCCUCGACGCCGUCCGCGGCGUCGACUACAUCCUCCACGUCGCGUCCCCCUACCAGCUCAACGUCGAGGACGCAGAGAGGGACCUCCUCAUCCCCGCCGUCGAGGGCACCCUCAACCUCCUCCGCUUCGCCAAGAAGCAGGGCGGCGUAAAGCGCGUCGUCGUCACCUCGUCCUUUGCCGCCGUCACCAACUUCGAGGAAGGCGGACCCAACCGCCCCGGCUUCACCUACACCGCAUCCGACUGGAACCCUUCGACGUACGAAGAUGCGCUCAAGGCGGGCGGCGCGGGCGCCUUUUCCUACUCGGUCUCCAAGAAGCUCGCCGAGCAGGCCGCCUACGACUACGUGGCCGCCGAGCGUCCCUCGUUCGCGCUGGCCACCGUCAACCCGCCCAUGAUCUACGGCCCGACGCUGCAGCCGGGCGUCACCAAGCAAAACCUCAACACGUCGUCCAGGACCAUCUACAACCUCGUCUCGGGCGCCGACGCCAUGCCCGAGGACAGGCUGCCCCUCUUCUGCCACGCCCGCGACGUCGCAGACGCCCAUACCCUCCUCCUCGAGGGCCCCGACGACGUCAUGGGAAAGCGCUACCUCGUCUGCGGCGGCAAGUUCACCUGGGCCCACGCCGUCCUCCACAUCAGCGAGCGCUUCCCCGACCUCCGCGGCAGGCUGCCAAAGGGCUGGGAGGAGGCCACCAAGCAGCUCCGCAACCUCGACCAGAUCGCCAGCCUCGACACCGCCCCUGCCGAAAGGGACCUCGGGAUCAAGUUCAAGGACUGGAAGACGACGCUCGACGAGUCCAUCGAGAGCCUGCUGCAGCUGGAAAAGGAGCAGGGCUGGUAG